GUACAUAUGUACAGUGAUUCUAGUUUAGUUUUCAAUAUUUUUCUAGCCCCUCGGGCCAAAAACAUGCAAAGUAUUUGAACCUGAAUUACGUGUUGAAAUUACGCAUGCUAGAGAAUUUUGAGUCAAUUUCACGUAUUGGGAAUGGGAGAGACUCGCAGUGGGUGACUGCUCUUGCGAAUUGCCAUCUAUCCGUCCUUGUUUCACAGUUUAUCCUUGACACAUCCUUGUUUUAUGUAUUUAUUGGUUUUUUGCGUACUGGAGCCUACAUCAUCUUCAAUGCAUCAUUAAAGGCGGCUACCUGCUGCAACCACUUGCAUUUUUCUAUCAUCUACAUCAGCAUAUCAUUCAAGUUCCGCUAAUUGCAUACUAUCAUUGACAGAUAUCUAUCUGGUUCAAGUUUCUUCCUCUCUGUCUAAUUCUUCCAUUUCCAUUGCUCAUCAAUCCGUUGGCUACAACUAUGGACCAAGUGGUUCUCGGGGCCGUUGUGGAGUCCGUCACCGGACAUCUUCUUUCCCUCCUCUCCCAGGAGUUCGGACAAGCGUGGGGUGUCAAAGCUGAGCUCGUGAAACUCCAGGCCACUGUCUCUAUCGUCGGCGGUGUGCUUCGCGAGGCUGACAAGAGACGAGUUGAGGCUGAGGAUGUGAAGGAAUGGCUUAAGAACCUGAAAGAGUUGUUCGACGAUGCGGAUGACCUGUUAGAUGACUUCUCUACUGAGGUUUUCAAACGUCGGAGAGUGACGGGAGGAGGUCAGGGGAUCCUCGACAAGGUGUGUACCUUUUUCUCCUCUUCCAACCAGCUCCUUCAUGCCAGGAAGAUGGCUAAUCGAGUCAAGGAGAUUAGGGAGAGGAUCGAUGCAAUUUGGAAUGAUAGGGGCGCCUGUUUUCAGCUCGAGGGAAAUAAUAAUCUGAUGGGGAGUUUGGUGGAGAACCGAGCUAGGCCGGAAACUAUUCCCUUCAAGUCUGACCCGUAUGUGAUUGGACGAGACAAGGACAAGGAGAAAAUUAUUGAGUUCUUACUCAAUCCUGAUUUUGAGGAGAAUGUUUCCGUCCUCCCAAUCGUGGGUGUGGGAGGUCUAGGGAAAACGACAUUGGCACGACUUGUGUUCAACGAUGACAAGGUGAAGGAAUAUUUCGAGAUGAAGCUAAUUUGGGUCUGUGUGUCUAUCAAUUUCAAUGUGGAGGAUAUUCUGAGGAAGAUAGUACGAGGAUGCACCCCUAACAAAGAAGGAAUUGCAAAUCUCGACAUGAAUGAGUUGCUAGAAAAGCUGAAAAAAUGGAUCGAUGGAAAGAAGUUCUUACUUGUUUUAGAUGAUGUGUGGAAGGACAAUCGGUCUAAAUGGUUGGAACUUCGAGAAUUUCUCAUGAGCGGUGCCAAAGGAAGUAAGAUAUUGGUGACCACUCGCUAUCCUCGUGUCGCGGAAACUAUGACUCGAGAAUUUCAUGAAUUGAGUGGCUUGCCUGAGGAUGAGGCGCUCUCGUUGCUGAUGCUAAUGGCAAUGAAGAAGGAGCGCGAGUGGAAAAAUCAAAAUCUAGAAAAGAUUGCGAGGGAAAUUGUGAAGAAGUGUGCAAGAGUUCCCCUUGCAAUUAAGACGGUUGGGCGACUGUUACUGCAUUUUGGAUGUAGGGAAAAAGAUUGGUUGGACUUCAAGGAUAAUAAUCUGUCUUCGAUAGAUCAAGAAGAAGAUGACAUUACGCCAACGCUUAAGUUGAGUUAUGAUUUUCUGCCAUCGCAUUUGAAAUCGUGCUUUGCUUAUUGCAGCUUAUUUCCUCAAGAUUCUGUACUAGAACCACGUGAGCUUGUCUAUCUUUGGAUGGCACAGGGAUUUAUUAAUAAACCUCGAGGCGGCAGGAAAACCCUUGAAGAAGUAGGUUAUGAUUAUUUUAGGGAGUUGCUUUCGAGAUCCUUUUUCCAAGACAUAGAAGAAGAUAUAUACGGCGACAUUAUGAGUUGUAAAAUGCAUGAUCUGAUGCAUGACCUCGCACAGUUUGUAGAAGGAGAUAAUUACGUCACCAUUGAUAGCUCACAUGAAGAGAGGUUCCAAAAAGGAGCUCGCCAUGUAACUACCAAUGAUCCGAAUGUGUUAAAUGGAUUUGAGAGAGACAGAAGAAUAAGAUCCCUGUUUCUUAUGGUUAAAGAGAGUAUUGAUAUUGAUGUUCUGGAUGUUUCAUGUUUUAGAAGCCUACGGGCACUACGUAUUGGUGGUGCCGGCAUAAAGGAGAUUUCACCUUCCAUUGGUAAACUCAAGCAUUUGAGGAGCCUUGAUCUCUCAGAGAAUCAUGAGUUAAGGUACCUUCCGGAUUCCAUAAGAGAGCUGUGCAAUUUGGAGAGCCUUAAUCUCACAAAAUGUCGGGGUCUAAAAGGAUUACCAAGUGGCAUUACGGAGUUGGUCAAUUUGAGGCAUCUUAUGAUUGAAGGAUGUGGUAUGUCACAUAUGCCAAGGGGGAUUGGGAAAAUGACUAGUCUGCAAAGGUUAAAUGUAUUUGUAGUAGGGGGGGAAUGGAACCAAAAUGCUGCAAAGCUGAACGAGCUGAGCAGGCUUAGCGGAUUGAGGAAAGAACUGACUAUUAAAGGAAUGGGGAAUAGUAGUAUUUCGAGCGAGGUGGAUGCUUCCUUCUCAAUGGAGAAGUUAGCUGAUCUUCAAUGUUUGGAACUACGUUGGGGCCCCAGAUGGGGUACGUACAGUGAUGAAGAAGUUUCAGAAAAACUUCGACCCCAUUCAAAUCUAAAGGGAUUGAGGAUAACAACAUAUUAUGGUGCCAGGCUUCCAUCGUGGAUUUCUCAACUGCAUGGACUAGUUCAGAUUGAGAUUAUUGCUACUUCAUGCAGGCAGCUACCGCCUGUAGAUCAGCUCCCUUUCCUCAAAAGAAUCUCCUUAUUUAAUUUGGGGAAUUUGGAGCAUAUAGAAUUAUCGGAGGGUGGGACGAUGCCACAGUCUAAUUUCUUUCCAUCCUUGGAAGAAAUAAAGCUGAGAAAUUUGCCUGAAUUCAAGGGAUGGGAGUGGGAGAGGAGGGGCAAUAGAAUUGAAGAGGAGGAUGGCGAUUCUUCUUCUUCUUCUUCUUCUUUGUUAAUGCUCCCCUGCUUCUCCGACAAGGUGAAGGUCAAGAUAGAUCUCUGCCCAAGAUUCUCUUACAUGUCGCAUGGUCAACAGCUACUACAACUAGGGGGAUGGAGGAUGAGGAAUGUAACUGCACUCCACCAACUCGAUCCACUACUUCUUCCCUUUGGCCCCCAACGACCGACGGCAAUGACUGAUCCAUCUCCAUCGACCAUAAUAAAGAAUAAGACAUUGGCCGCCUUAUCUGAUUCUGUAUCUCUCACCGCACUGACUUCCCUCUCCAUCAUCGGAAUAGAGGAUGUAGAGCACUUGCCCACGGGGUUGUUUCAGUCCCUCCCGUCUCUCCAGUCUCUUGAAAUCUGGCGUUGCCCUCGCCUGAAAGCACUCCCUCUGGGGGCGAUUCAGUCCCUCCCGUCUCUCCAGUCUCUUGAAAUACGGAAUUGCCCACCAUUUGGUACGGAAUUGCAGCUACCACAGCUCCCGUCCUUCAAAAGAAUCUCCUUAUGGAAUUUGGGGAAUUUGGAGCAUAUAGAAUUAUGGGAGGUAAGUGGGACGAUGCCACAGUCUAAUUUCUUUCCAUCCUUGGAAGUAAUAACGCUACGCGAUUUGCCAAAAUUCAAGGGAUGGGAGUGGGAGAGGAGGGGCAAUAGAAUUGAAGAGGAGGAUGGCGAUUCUUCUUCUUCUUCUUCUUCUUCUUCUUCUUCUUCUUCUUUGUUAAUGCUCCCCUGCUUCUCCGACAAGGUCAACGUCAACAUAGAUCUCUGCCCAGGAUUCUCUUACAUGCAUGGUCAACAGCUACUAGAACUAAGGGGAUGGAGGAUGAGGGAUGUAACUGCACUCCUACUCCACCAACACGAUCCACUACUUCUUCCCUUUGGCCCCCAACGACCGAUGGCAGUGCUGGUGCCGACUGAUCCAUCUCCAUCGACUGAUUCUGUAUCUCUCACCGCACUGACUUCCCUCUCCAUCAUCGGAAUAGAGGAUGUAGAGCACUUGCCCACGGGGUUGUUUCAGUCUCUCCCGUCUCUCCAGUCUCUUAGAAUCGGGAAUUGCCCUUGCCUUAAAGCACUCCCUCUGGGGGCGAUUCAGUCUCUCCCGUCUCUCCAGUCUCUUAAAAUCUGGCGUUGCCCUCGCCUGAAAGCACUCCCUCUGGGGGCGGUUCAGUCCCUCCCGUCUCUCCAGUCUCUUCAAAUCGAGGAUUGCCCUCGCCUUAAAGAACUCCCUCUGGGGGCAAUCCUCCGAUACAUAUCCACCCUUGAGACGCUGAGAAUUUCUUAUUGCCCAGAGCUUGAUUUAUCCACCGAGAAUGAUGACGACGACGACGAUGGUGGUAAUGCUGAAGGCAUGACCGAUCUUUUGCAGCUACAGGGCCAUCAUAAACUUCGCCAUCUAAGUAUCUGGGGAGUUCAUAAGGCGGAGUGUUUGCCUGGGUGGUUCCAGUACCUCUCCAAUCUCCAAAGUUUAACCAUUGGAUGUUGCGAGGGCUUGAAGUCUCUUCUGCCUGUAAGACUGAUUCUUCCGCUUCUCACCACCCUCGACUCGUUGGUGCUAUCCAGCUGUCCAGAACUUGACUUAUCAAUAGGGGAGUCAGAAGACAUGCCGAUGGCGGCUUAUUCUCAGUUCACUAAACUCCGCGAGUUGGAAUUCUACGAGAUAGAAAAACUGGAGACUCUCCCGUGGUGGAUUCAGCACCUCACUAACCUUGAAUCUUUAGACAUCCGGUCCUGUAAGAAUCUGAAGGCUUUGCCUGAGUGGUUUCCCAAUCUCACCUCACUCAAACGUCUUCAGAUUACUUUCUGCGGGGACGAGCUGACAAGAAGGUGCCAAGGGGAAAACGGAGGAGGAGAGGACUGGCCUAAGAUUUCUCACAUCCCGGCUGUAGUAGUAUUUUGAUGAAUGGAGUGUGAUGGAUCCUCCCUCGCUCACUGUCUCCAAUAAAGGAGUCAUCGGUGUUGGAUCGAUUGAAUGUGGUGUUGACUCUAUCUGAGCUAUAGCACUAGUCAUCCGUGGCAGCUCGUGGUUGUUCGCGCUGACUUGAAUGGGCACCUCAAGUCUCUAUGAGACUAUUCCCUUCUCUACCAAAGGGAGAUGUCUUCCAGAUGCUUCCCUUGAUGGACGGGAUGGUAUAUUUCUGGAUUAUUCUGUUGAUUGGCCUCCAGGACUGUUAUUUACUCAAGAAGUGCUCUCCAAGAACCUGAAUGCUUUGCCCAAGUGGUUUCCAAUCUCAGCUCACUCAAAAAGCUUAUAAAUUGGCUACUGCGAGGAGGAGCUGAGAAGAAGGAAAGAAUACCGGAGGAGAGGACUGGCCUAAGAUUUCUCACACCCCGCAUGUAUUCAUAUGGUGAAGUGGAUUGAUCCUCCCUCACUCACUGCCUCCAAUCAAAGAUGAUAUGAAGGGCCUAUAUCCAUCAUAGUUUCUCAUUGCAGGCUGUCAUUUAUAUAGACUUCCUUUGGGAGCUUGGCAACAAAUUUACUCAACUUGCUCCCAUGGUUCUCGAUUGAUCCCCUCCUGGCAGCUCAAACUAUCAACAAUAGGCUUCAAGAAUACGAAAAGGCCUGGUAUUUAAAGCUGUCACGCUCAGAGGCCGCUUGCACGAUUUGAUGCUUCCUUUCGGUUUCAAGAUUCUAUAUCUCAUAUGCAAAUGUCCAAAGGCUGUCAAAAAGUUUUAAGGGUUCACACGCCAGUUUCUUUUCCAGAAGGAGCCAUUAGUAGACUUAAAGCUGAGCGGACUCCGGAGAUGAUUUACUUCCACAGUCUGAGGUUGAUAAGAUUGAAGCAAUGCUUUGGGACUGAAAGGAGUCCUUGGAGUUUCAUAAGAGAUCGUUUGAAUGUGCUGUUGACUCUAUACGAGCUAUAGAAGCCAGUCAUCUUUGGCAGGCAGGAAGAGAGGUGUAGAGCACGGAUCAUCGCAGACAGAUAUCUCCAAAAAAUUGGCUCGCUUGUCAACUGUUGAUAUAUCUUUCACAGAUUGGCACCUGGGAUUUCAUAUAUAUAUGGAUAUGCUGCCUGAAUAGGUACAUAUGCAUGCCGCAGAAUCAGUUUUUGCUGGUAAAGCUGUCGGGGUUCUUCGUGAUCCCAGCCCAUCAUUUCGGUUUCAAGAUUCUAUAUCUCAUCUGCAAAUGCCCCAAGGCUCUCAGAAAGUUCAAGGGUGCACAGGCCGGUUUCUUUUCUAGAAGGACUUAAAGCUGACCGGAGAUGAUUUACUUCCACAGUCAGAGGCUAGUAAGAUUGAAGCAAUGCUUCGGGACUUAAAGGAGUCAUCAGAAUUUCAUAAGAGAUCAUUAGAAUGUGUUGUUCACUCUAUACAAGCUAUUGCAGCAAAUCAUCUUUGGCAGCUUGUGGUUGUUGGUGCUGAAUUAAAUGGGCAGCUUAAGGCUCCAAAAGACUGUUUCCUUCUAGCAAAGGUAGAUUUCUUCCAGUGCUUUCUCGAGGAAAGUCAGCAACUGAUGCGCUUGUCACCUCGUCGGUCAACUCCUGGAGCUGAAAUUAUGGUCCCCUUUCAGCUGGUGGGUUGUUGUAACAUGAAUUCCAAAAUUAUAGAGAUGCUGUUAUUGCACUUCAUAUAUUGAUUUUAUUUCAGAGCAUAAGAAACCAGAUUGAAUCUAUGCCCCCUGCAGGCAGCAAUAAAGACCAUAAACGUGGAAGACAAAUAUUCAUGAAGAGAAUCCCUGCAGUUAGUUCCACUUCUUGAUAGUUUUAUUGAUUGUUGUAUUAUAGCAAUUGAACUUAUUCUCUUUUAUUUAAGUUAUUGAUAUUUGGUCACUCUUUCAUUAGAAGUUUCGCGGGCAGAGCUAUCAGUGGUAGUUGAUUUUAAUCUUCUCUUUCAGUAAAGUGAUGAAUCUUCGAUCAAUUUAUCCUUGUAAGUUAUACUGCAUGUCAGCAAAUACUUCCUCAGCGGCAUCCCUUGAUGGAUGGGAUGGUAUAUAUCUGGACUAUUCUGUUGAUUGGCCCCUAGGACUCUUCUUUACUCAAGAAGUGCUCUCCAAGUUUCAAAAGGUUUUCUAGCAUCUGCUGCGGCUUAAACGAAUACUAAUGGAAUUAGAUAAAUCAUGGGCCUCUGUGAUGCGUCAAGACCACCGAGGAUUUGCCAAGCAUAAAAAUGAUAAUACAAUCUCAAUGCCUCAGCAACAUAGGGAGCCCUUUGGACCUAUGUGGUUUGUUAGGGAGCACAUGGCAUUGCUGAUCAGAAAUCUUCAGUUUGACUGUCAAAAAUUCUUCUGUUGGUUGAUGUCAUAGAAUCCCAAUGGAAUGUUUUGCAAGGACGCAUUCUCGGCUCUUAUGAGUUCACGGAACUUGUACGGUUUCAUCAAGAGUACUUGUUGACUUUAAUUUCAGAGUCAUUCUUAGAUAUUGGUUCUGUGUCGAGGAUACUGGAUAGCAUAAUGAAACUCUGCCCCCAGUUCAACUGGAACAUUGAGAACCAAGAAAGCUUCACAAAUUCAUCUGAACUGGAGCACAUUACAGAGGCAACUGCAAGAGAUCUCAAUGUUGUUAGACCUCUGCCUGCACUCCCUGUCCUCAAUUCACAACAGAAUAGAGUGUCUCGCCUUUUAAAUGUUUUGCGGAUACUUGGAGUUGUGGAGACUUGUUAGAACAAGUGUGGAACUGAAGAAGAUUGAGGGAGAGGACAAUUGAGCUGCAAGGAUUGCAUCUGAGAGGAGGAAGCUGCGGCUAUGACGGAUCUGCACAGGCUGCAGAUUUUAUUUGAGUGGAUGAGGCCCAGUCCGUCCGUGCGGAAGCCUAGACUGUCCGUACAUUUUUUUACUGGUUUGGACCGACCUAAAGCAUGCUUUUUAACCCUAAUCACUCUGUUAAAUCAUUGAUCUAUUGAGGAGUGUUGGUGAGUUUGAGAGCUUUUGUAUACGGGUCAGGGUUAAUUUCACACUCAGUCUAUUGUCCUCCACUUUGUACUCUUGAUCAUUGCUCAUAACGAAAGAGACCAAAGCCUCCUUUGUCCGUGGAUGUUUCCCUCUUGAUCACAUCGAUUGAGAGGGUUUUACCACGUAA